AUGGAGGACGUCGCAUUCCGUCAAACAAUAGCAACUUGCGAAAGAUUAAUACAAAAACGUGGAGUUCAUUCAGUCAAUGCCAUGAAAGCAGCCGGAUUUUAUUAUACAAAUGAUAAAGAUACAGCCCGUUGUGAUACCUGUGGACUUGAAGUAUCUGGGUGGACAGUUGAUAUGAAACCAUUUACUAUUCACUCACAACGUAGUCCAACAUGUGCUUUCGUAGGUUCGAUAAAAGGUGAAGGACUGAUUACGACUCCUUCAAUACUUAGUUUUACUUCAACUAUUUCGACAUCGAAUGAUGAUGAAAAACCUUCUAAAAGACAAAAAAUAGAAGUACUACAAGAUGGUUUUCAGUCGAAUAUACUCACAGAAGUAAACACGUUAAAACAAGUACGACGAAGAACUUUUUCUCAUUGGCCACAUCGUACAAUUCCAUCAGCAGCACAAAUGAUAGAAUCUGGCUUUUUCAACUGCAAUGUGGGUGAUCGAGUAAUAUGUAUUUAUUGCAACCUGAUAUGUCAACAAUGGACACCACAUACUGAUGAUCCAUGUGAAGUACAUAAAACUCUUUCACCCAAUUGUAUAUAUGUUACUGCUAAAUUAAUUCGUCCUGCAGCUUCAUCUAUAAUUAUUGUAAAUGAGAACUCAACAAGUACAACGUCAAAUAUGAAUUCAUCAACAGCAACUGGUCUCGAUCCAUUAAGAUCUAAUGAAAUAGUAUUUACAGCUGCAUGCAAUCCCGCUUAUACUGAAAUACCAAAACGCCAUGCAUCAUUUGGUCUCUGGCCAAAUGUAAAUUUACCACCUGUCGAUGGUUUAGUUCGAGCAGGAUUUUUCUAUUCAGGUACAAAAACAAUUGUGACUUGUUUUUAUUGCAAUGGAUCAUUACAAAAUUGGGGUCCAAAUGAUAAUCCAAUGAUUGAACAUGCUCGAUGGUUUCCACAUUGUGCCUAUGCUAAACAACUUUGUGGUGAUGAUUUGUAUCGAAAAAUUCAAGAAUCAAAACGAGCCCAACAAGAACGUGCCAGAGCAAAUGAAUCAAAAGAAAAAGCAACUUUGGGUAUGCCAGCAAGUACCACUACUACUACCUCAACUACAACAAACAAUCGACAGUUAUUAAUACCUGAUGAAAGUACUCUAUCCCGACUUGUUGCAGCUCGACUAGAUCUACCAAUUUCACAACGUUUAUUAGAUCAAAAAUUUAAACUAUCUAUUAUCAAACGAUGUUGGGAAGAUCAAUUACGAUUGAAGCAAGAUGAUUUUAUAUCAGAGUGUGAUUUAUAUAUUGCUUGUUUAAUUCUUCAGAAACAGAUCGAACACAUUGAUGGUAAAAAGGAAAACAUUGUUAUACCAAGUAUAAAAAUGAAACAAAUCAGAGAACAGAAUGGUCAAACAUCAACUACAACUCAGUCGAUGACGAAUUCUACUGAUGCUGAUAUGACUACAUCAUCUCCAUCAUCAACAAAUGAAUCUAUAUCUCCGCAAUCUUCAGUUGAUUCCACAACAAAAUCAACAACACCUGCAAAUCAAACCGAUAUCAAACCAAGCAAAUCAGUACCUUCAACUAGCAAUGAACAGGAUCAGUCAGUGAAUUCAACAUCAUCAAAUCCAUGUGUCCUUUGUUUAACAGAAGAGAAAAGAUUAGCUUGUAUACCUUGUGAUCAUUUAGCAACAUGUGUACCAUGUGUACCAUGUGUACCAUGUGGGCAUUUAGUAACGUGCGUUCGGUGUGGUCAUUUAGCAAUAUUUUAA